GUAUUUUUGGGAAUUUUCGUAUUAGUAUUUGGUAUACGUGAAUGUAAAGAUAUAUCAUUAGAAGAAGAGGCAAAUAGUCUUAUUGCAAAAGCUAAUUUUGAAAAAAAGGGUGGAGGAAUCUCACCUUCAUCAAAUGACCAUUUAUCACCUUCCGCCUCAUUGCAUCGCAACAACAGUAAUAACAGUAAUAACAGCAAUCCCAGUAAUCCCAGCAAUCCCAGCAACAAUGAUGAUGGCUAUAUUGACCUUGGUCGCGAUCCCAAUGCCAUAGGCAAUCUUGGUCGUGAUCCCAAAGCCAUAGGCAAUCUUGGUCGCGAUCCCAAUGCCAUAGGCAAUUUUGUUCCGCCACGAUAUAAUCAAGGAUACGUAUAUCCGACCAGUGAAAAAUCCAUGCCCACGCCGUACACAGGUAUACGUCGCCAUCCAACCAGCCCCACUCGGAUUCCUUCAAAUCGUAUACCAAGUAGUAACUUAUCACGCUAUCCGACUACCGUUAAUAACGUAUCUGCAAAUAGAGAUCCUGUGACCAUAACGCUUCAAUCAACGAACGGCAAUAAUAAUUAUUCACAGAGAACCUAUGCAGAUGACGUUUACGCGAGCGCGUCCCGUAGACCACAACAAUAUACAAAUCCUGGUC